UGCUUGAGGUAAUAACCGAGCAGAGGGGUGGAGACUUAGAAAAUCUGUACAAGAUCUGUCGUGAUGAAUACGAAAAGUUCAGAUCACAUAAUAAACAUAAUAAAAAUGAAGUGGAUUCACUGACUAAUUCCAAGGAGAAAUAUAAAACAGACGAUGUAGGUACAUCUAUAAAGUGUAUUACACAAAAAAAAUCGACUUGGCAACAGCAAAAGGUUUUAUUUUCACGAGCCCUUAUUUGCACCAAGCGAGAUAAUACUUUGACAAAAUUAAGAUUUGCGGCGCAUGUCGUAGUCGGGCUUUUAUUAGGGGCAGUUUUCUAUAAUUUCGGUGACAACGCGGGAAAAGCGGACAGCAACAUUGCUUGCUUAUUUUUCUUCCUGUUAUUUUUAUUCUUUGCAAAUGCCAUGCCAGCAGUGCAAAUGUUUCCCACAGAAGCGGCAGUAUUCCUGCAGGAACAUUUAAAUAACUGGUACUCUUUGAGAUCCUACUAUAGCGUAAAAGUACUAACGGAUCUUCCGAUGCAAAUACUUUGCGCUUCAUCUUUCCUGGUUAUAUCUUACUAUAUGACAGGACAACCAAUGGAAUAUGAUAGAAUUCUACAGGCAUGGGGUGUUUGCUUGUUAAUUACAAUUCUUGGACAAACGGUUGGGAUACUUACAGGCACAGCUUUUGGUACUGAGUUAGGUAUAUUUUUAAUACCGGCAACCAGUAUACCAUUAUUGCUGUUUUCUGGAUUUUUUUUGAAAUUAGGACAAAUGCCUAUGUACUUACAGCCUUUUAGCUUUGUGAGUUUUUUCAGAUAUGCUUUUGAAGGAAUACUGCAGGCGGUCUAUCUUGACCGACCAAAUCUAUCAUGCUGGGAAAUUUAUUGUUACUUGCGUUCGCCAAACAAGAUUCUCUCGACGAUGGGCAUGUCAGCAGUGUCAUUUCAUGUAAUUCUGAUAAUACUUAGCUCUUGGAUACUCUGUUUACACGUGAUCAUUUAUACAGUACUUCGUUGGAGAAUUUAUUAUGCAAAAAAAUAACGUAUUCAGUUUAUAUUCAUAUUAAAUCUGAAAGUAUUCUCAGAGUGUGUCUCAAACAAAAAAUUAUCUAUUUCUGUAACAGAUCGAGUGAACAGACUGUUAAGAGAAUUAAUUAUAAAAUUAGAAAUGUGAAAGGAUGUACAAAUUUUUUAUACUUAAAUAUUAUAUAUAAAAUGUUACUUUAAUAAUAACGAUAUGAUUGCUUCUAUCUCUAUGCCUUUAACAAAUUUUUAAAAUUUUAAAUAUACACACAAUUUGUGCAAAAAUUCCGUUUCGUCGUAGAACAACCUGAGAAAAAAAGUUUCACAUAUAAUUAUAUAUAAUUAUAUAUACAUAUAUACGAUAUGUUACAUUGAAUAUUAAGACGAUUCUUUGUAUGGUGUCAGCUUAUUAACAUAUAACGUAUAAUAUGUAAA